CGCAAACGUUAGCUUUAAAAUAAAUACAUUAUUGAUUCGCAGACAAUGUAUAUAAUUAUGGCAAUUAUUUGUCCCCUCUUUAUUAAUCUAACAUAAAAAAAAUUGCUUGCACCCUCAUUUAAAAUUUCGCGGCGCUGUGGUUCGUGAAUUUCUUUUUUAACAGAAGAAAAAAAAAAUCAAGUUGCUAGGAUACCAUGCAACAUACAUACAGGUGGAUCAGAGCAACAUUUUAUAAAGCAGUUUUCAGACUGCCAGGGAAGACAUGAAGCCUUUAGAGAACAUCAGGGUUGCCCAGCCUCCAAAAGCACGGGUGCUGUUAUGGACUGAUCUGAAACAUAGUGACAUGGAAGAGAUUGAGAAGAGCAAUUCCAUAUCAGAGAUCGAAAGGAUUUUGCUCCGUGCAUUAUUGGCCUCUGAUGUGAUGCAGCCAAAACAGAAAAUACUACUUGAGCUGUACACAAAUCUUGUGCUGUUCUCCAAAGAACAACAUUUUAAUAGAGAGCAAACUUCUGUACUCAUCUCCAUUAUCAAAAACGUACAUCAGUUUAACACAGAAACACCCCUCAACAACACAGAUCUCUGUUUGACCUACUGCAGUGAACUUCUGCUAUGCCAUUCAGUCAGGAGGCCCCCUUUCAGCAUUGACCUUUUCAGCUCGGAACAAGUGACAGACAUUUUGUACUAUUUCAUCAACACGUAUAUGAGACAUUAUUUUUUAUACAAAUACAUUUUUACCCCAGAGGUACAGCUGGACAUAUCUUUAUCAUAUACUGGAAUACCCGAGGACACGGAUAUAGAGGAAACUGCCCAGUCUGGGAGUGUUUCAGAUGGCAGAAAAGAAACUGAGAGGGAGACAGAAAUGAAUGAAGAGGUUCCACAAAGUGCUGUAAUGACGGCUACGGAGACGGCCAGUCUCGGACAUGGUUCUUCUCCAGACUCUGAGCUAAGGACUUUUGUUCAAAAGGAAGUGAGGGAUGAAGUGAUGCGUUUGACUGCUCAGCUACAGCAACGGCUCCAGGACAGUGCCGAUCAGCUAAAUAAUGCCAUUAGUAAACUGGAGACCAACAUUCAAGUGAAGAAGUAAGAAAAUAUGUCCCGCUUCUUUAGUUUUGGAAACCACUUUUUUCAAAAGAAAAACACACACAAAAUACAGUAAUUAUAUAUAUAUUUUCAUACAUGUUUACCUGCUUAGAAUUAGUACAGUACCUUGAUGAUUAAUGGAUAAUGUCUAAUCGACUGUGAUAAAAAGAAACGAGUGGUAAAACAUAUUUAGAGGAUAAAAUGAAAGAAGCUUGUACACAUGGUUUUGUAAUGAUUUAAAUAAAAACACACUCUCAGUAGGGUUACAUAACUAUAAUGCUGUGUUUCAAGUAUCUUAUCCUUUGUAUUGAAAGUCUUAAAGUCCACUCCACAUUGUUAAAUGUUCUCUGUCCCUCUAUGGUUUAGUCUUUACCAACCUGGAAUUGUUUUUGAAGCGUAAGAAUGAUAAUACAAUAUGCUUUGUGUCAAAAACAGUGUAGACUAGAGAGCUCGAUAUUGAAUGUUGAAUUAAACAGAACUAAAUUGUGAA